AUGAGUGCGCAGGCGCCGUCGCAGCUGGGCAAGGCGGACCGCGGGCCACGUGCAACCGCCCCGCCCUCCAGCUACUCCACCAUGGGUUCCUGCGGGGCUGUGGGUUCUGUGCGUGCGCGCUACCUUGUGUUCUUCCAGUACUUGGGCACUGACUUCAAUGGGGUCGCGGCAGUGAGGGGUAACCAUCGCGCUGUUGGGGUGCAGAACUUCCUGGAGGAGGCCGCCACGCGGCUGAACUCGAUCGAGCCCAUCAGGUUUACUAUCUCCAGCCGCACUGAUGCCGGUGUGCAUGCACUGAGCAACGCGGCGCACCUGGACAUCCAUCGCCGCUCAGGCCUGCAGCCUUACACUCCGGAGGUCGUGACCCAAGCUCUCAACACCCACCUGAAGCACCAGGCCAUUCGCGUACUGAAGGCCUUCCGAGUGCCCAAUGACUUCCAUGCUCGCCGUGCAGCCACCUCCAGAACCUACCUGUACCGUCUGGCCACAGGCUGUCACUGGCCUGAUCAGCUGCCUGUGUUUGAACAAAAUGUAUGCUGGGCUCUGCAGACAAAGUCCCUGGAUGUGGCUGCCAUGCAGGAGGCUGCCCAGCACCUCAUCGGGACACACGAUUUCAGUGCUUUCCAGUCUGCUGGCAGCCCAGCCACAAGUACUGUGCGAACACUACGAAGGGUCUCUGUGUCUUCUGGUCCAGCCAGCCCAUUUGCCCUCCCCCAGGAAAGCAGGAGACUGCAGUUCUGGACGUUGGAGUUUGAAAGCCAGUCUUUCCUAUAUCGACAGGUACGGAGGAUGACAGCUGUGCUGGUGGCUGUGGGACAAGGGAUUCUGACACCCACAGAGGUAAAAGCGAUUCUGGAUAGUCAAGAUCCCCUGGGAAAGUAUCAGGCUCGAGUUGCCCCAGCCCGUGGCCUGUUUUUGAAGUCGGUGCUAUAUGAUGACUUUGGACCAACAUCCUGAGCCCUGUAAGGUCCAGUGUGAAACCAGCUAACUUGUACACUCAGUGGAGGUGAAGAGCCACACGGCACACUAAGUGGCUGUCAGCCUUGUCCAACACUUACUGCACUCCGCAAAGAUUAAUCCACAGCUAUGUAGGGUCUAACAGCCCUGCCUACCUUCCAGCAGCUCCCACCUCCCCAGUCUUUCCACUGUGGCCAUCCCUUUGUCACUAAAGGAUGGGGUACCAAGCAGGAAACAGAGCCUCUGGUCCUGCUUUUCUGGGAGCCCCAUCUUGGGGCAAAGUAGGAAUAAAAUGCAUAAAGAACAAAAA